AUGGAAGGCACAAGAGGCCAAAAACGGAAGACACAAGAAGCCAAGAACACGAGGCACGAGAGGUCAAAAACGCGAAGCACAGAGGCCAAAAAUGGAAGGCACAAGAGGCCAAAAACGGAAGACACAAGAAGCCAAGAACACGAGGCACGAGAGGUCAAAAACGCGAAGCACAGAGGCCAAAAAUGGAAGGCACAAGAGGCCAAAAACGUGAGGCAUGGAGGCGGCGAUGGGUCUGAGGAUGGCGGCCUGACCCCCUGGUCCCCCUGGACACCCUGUUCCAAGACCUGCAGCGAUCCCGACCUCCCCGCCGUCAAAACCCGUCGGCGGUUUUGCCUGGGAGGAAACGGCUGCGCGGGAGACACCGUGCAGGAACGAGAAUGCAACUUGCCGCAGUGCACAGAGACCCCCGUGUGUGAGGACAAAGAUUGCUUCGGCCUGAACUGCACCUGGAACCCCUGGUCCUCCUGGAGCGAGUGUUCCCGCAGCUGUGGGGUCGGGCAGCAGCAGCGUCUGCGCACCUACCACCCUCCCGGCCAAGGUGGGCACUGGUGCCAAGACAUCCUGACGGCCAAUUUGGAGAGGCGUUUCUGUAACCUGCCAGCUUGUAAAGUGGACGGGGUCUGGUCAAAGUGGAGCCCCUGGUCGUGGUGUGACCGGACCUGUGGGGGUGGGCGCUCCGCCCGCACGAGGACUUGCACCAGCCCACCCCCCAAAAAUGGAGGGCGCCACUGCCCUGGCGAGAAGUACCACGUGCGCGUUUGCAACCCUCAUCCCUGUGAGGAGACAUGCCCUCCCAUGAUGCACUGGGUGGGGUGUGCCAACGAGUGUCCCCGGCAUUGCUGGGACCUCCAGGAAGGCAUCGUGUGCCAGGAGAAAGAAGCCUGCGAGCCUGGAUGUCGCUGCCCUGAUGGUACGUUGGAGCAAGAUGGCACCUGUGUUCCCCUCACCCACUGCGAGUGCACCGAUGCCCAAGGACACAGUUGGGCACCAGGCAGCCAGUACGACGUUGGCUGCAAUAAUUGCACAUGUGCCCCUGGAGGGAGGAUUCUCUGCACCAACUACACCUGUCCUCCCACCGAGUGCAUCUGGAGUCUCUGGUCCAGUUGGUCCCAGUGUAGCGUCACCUGUGGGAAUGGCCUGCGCACCCGCUUCAGGACUCCUACCUCCGGUUCCUGGGCCCCCGACUGCCUGAUGGAGCAGGUGCAGACCCACCCCUGUGCCUUGGAUUCUUGCCCCCCUCUGUGCGUGCACGAGGGCCGGGAGACCAGCCUGGGCAGCACCUGGCUCCUCGGGGAGUGCCAGCAGUGCAUUUGUACCCCAGAAGGCAUUUAUUGCCUAGACAUUACCUGCAUAGUGCAUGGUGGAUGGACCCCGUGGUCCCCCUGGUCCGACUGUCCAAUGACCUGCGGUGGAAGUGUCCAGAUCCGAACUCGCGCCUGCAUCAACCCACCACCACGCAACCAAGGCUUGCCCUGUGUGGGCCCCGACACCCAGAGCCAGAACUGCUCCACUCAACCCUGCCCAGAAGAUGAGCUGUGUCCCUGGUCGGCGUGGAGCCCGUGCUCGCAGUCCUGUGGCACUGGACUGACCUCACGUACCAGGAGCUGUGUGUGCUCGACUGCUUCGGCGGGCGCUGAGGGAAGUCUUUGCACCGAGAAUAGCCAUCCCCAGGAGACAGAGGCUUGUUACUUGCGGGCCUGCAGAGAUUGUCCCUGGAGUCCCUGGACCCCCUGGACUCACUGCUCGUGCAGCUUCCUGGUGCAGCAGCGCUACCGGAACCAGCAAGGCUGGGAAACUGACCGGGAACCGUGCCUGGGACUGGAUGGGCAAUUCCGGAUGUGCAAUUAUUCCCAGUGUUCAGAGUCCAGCUGUGACCCCCCCUUUGAAUUCCGGGCGUGUGGCUCUCCCUGCGACAGCCACUGCUCCACCUUGAAGAGCCCCGAGUUGUGCAAAGACAUUCCACGCUGCUUACCUGGUUGUUACUGCCCGCAGGGCCUGUUGGAGCAGAGGGGUUCGUGUGUGCCCCCAGCGCAGUGCGCGUGUCUCCACCCCCACCAGGCAGGAGGGCCCGUGUUCAUGGCGGCCGGAGACUCCGUUCUGAUUGGCUGCAAGAAAUGCGUCUGCCAGGCAGGAGAACUCCAAUGCAGCAGCCAGGGAUGCCAUGGGCUGCUACCGUUGAGUGGCUGGUCACCAUGGACAGCCUGUUCUGACUGCUUGCUGCUGGUGGCCCUCGGGCCCCGGGUCUUCCCUCCUCUGUUGGCCCAGACCUCCUGGCCUUCCCUGCCAGCCCAGGUCUCCGUUCAGUACCGCUACCGGUUCUGCCUGGACCCACAGACCGGCCAAAUUUGGAGGGGCCCAGGCGGCCUUUGCAUCGCGGAGCUGGAGGAGCAACUACUUUGCCUUGAUGAGACCAAUGCCUGCCAAGAUUUCUGCCAGUGGAGCGAGUGGGGGGUGUGGAGCCCCUGCCAGGCCCCCUGCAGCGGGGGGUUCCGUCUGCGCCAGCGGGUCGCCCUGAACCCUAAUGCGGAACAGGACUGCAAGGGACUGCGAUUCCAGUCGGAGACUUGCAACAUGGCCCCUUGUCCAGGUAAUGAGGCGGGGGUCUCCCGUGCCUGA